AUGGCCGGACGCCAAAAGGAGAAGGUGAUCCCAGAUGAGGUCCAUCAGAACCAGAUCCUGCGGGAAUUAUACGUCAAAGAGCUUCGAACCCAGAAACUCUACACACAGUAUCACGUGAAUCCCCUCCGCAAGGUUCACACAAUCACCAGAAAGCCCAUGUCUUGGCACGAUAACCUGGAGGAACCCGCAGAUGCCAGGUUUCUAAAUCUUAUCCACCAUGCUGCUCAUGGGCCAAGGAAGAAAUACACAGAGACACAGACUGAAAGCCAGGAAAUCGGAUGGGACUCAGAGCCCUUGGUCAACCCGGAACGUGAUGACCGCAGGCUGAACCACUUCAGGGUCUACAAUGAUAUCACGCUGUACAAGGCUAAAAUGUGGAGCUUGGGAGAAGAUGAUCGCCACAAGUAG